AUGGUGAAGGAACCAACAGUCGCCCUCCAUUUGACGGAGUCAAGCCCCUCUUGGUUGGACCCCAUCACAAACUUCUUGGAACUCGGCAGGUUACCUGACGACGAGAAGGCAGCUAAAACAUUGAGAAGGGAGGUAGCCAGAUACGCAAUCAUACAGGGACAACUGUUCAGAAAGGGGCUGAGCCAACCCCUAUUGAAGUGCUUGCACCCCGACCAGACGGACUAUGUACUUAGAGAAGUCCACGAGGGAUGUUGCGGCCAUCACAUCGGGGGCAAGGCCCUAGCGAGGAAGCUCAUUCGAGCUGGAUAUUACUGGCCAUCAAUGAUGAAAGACUCCAGGGAGUUUGUCAGAAAGUGCGUAAAGUGUCAACAAAAUGCCAACUUCCACAAAGCGCCGGCUUCCGAGCUGAGUCUGCUGACGUCUACACGACCUUUCGCUCAAUAG